GCGUAUACACUCACAAAGCACCCCACACAGAAAUGAUUGUCAUAAAAAACCUCCUUGUAGUGUUUCCCAUCCUUCUGGCUCUCACCUUCACUGUCACCACCCAAGCCGCCAGAUUCGUUGUCACAAACAAAUGCCCCUACACCGUGUGGGCAGCCUCAGUACCUGUCGGUGGCGGCCGACGGCUAAACUCCGGCGAGAUGUGGACCGUUGACGUGGCCCCAGGCACCAAAGCGGCUCGCAUAUGGGCCCGAACAAACUGUAAAUUCGACGGGUCAGGACGUGGACACUGCCAGACCGGUGAUUGCGGAGGCUUGCUUCAAUGCAAUGCCUAUGGAACUCCCCCAAAUACCCUUGCAGAAUUUGCCCUUAACCAAUACAUGAACAAGGACUUUUUCGACAUUUCACUCAUCGACGGCUUCAAUGUUCCCAUGGAUUUCAGCCCAACCUCUAAUGGCUGCACACGUGGCAUCUGGUGCACCGCCGAUAUCAAGGGACAGUGCCCAAACCAGCUAAAAGCUCCAGGAGGCUGUAAUAACGCAUGCACAGUAUUUAAGACAGAUCAGUAUUGUUGCAACUCUGGAAGCUGUGGACCAACUGAUUAUUCUAGAUUCUUCAAGAAGAGGUGUCCUGAUGCUUAUAGCUAUCCCAAGGAUGAUGCAACUAGCACUUUCACUUGCCCAGGAGGAACAAACUAUAAGGUUGUCUUUUGCCCUUAAUUAGAUAAUGUCAUCAGUACCUUGUUUUCUUAUUACUACACCUUGAAAUAGAAGACUGGGUCUGUACCGUGGGGUGAUAAUAAGUUCUGAUCUAUGGUUAUGAUCAUACUUGAAUGGCUCUCUUGUUCGUUGUAUUCUGGUGGGCACGGCAUAUGCGAGCUUCUCUGACUCUGUCCGUGUAAAUUUAAGGCUAGCUAGUCCCUACCUAUACUGAAACACGUUAAAGUUACAGGAUUGAUAAUAGUGUUUUCCUCGAGGAAAUAAAAAAUUAUUGUAUCCACGUGUAA